AUGAUCGAUUUGAAAAUUCACGAUGUACCAAUCAAAGAGUAUUUCACAGAUUUGGUAUCCAAAAAAGUUGAUGUUGAACCAAAUAAUCCAGCAUUUCGUUGCUUCAAUGAUAAAUUUCAUGUUUAUCCAGCUACAAAAUUUAUGUUUAUGCUCAGUAUGGGCUGCUGGAUAGUCAUAAUUGGCAUUCUGUUUCCAUGGAGCCUGCUGAUCAUUUGGAUACCAAUACUGUAUUUUUUAUUAACAGCUUAUGCUCUUCGACAAAAACAAGCCUCCUGCUUAUGGCCAGCUAUUAUACAUUCUGUCUUAGCAAUAUUAAUUUGGUUAUCUGCAACAAUCGUCAUGUUUACAACGGCAUUAUUUAGUACUCAGACAUUUCUGGAUACAUUUGGACAAGGCCAUCAUAAGGAAUUUAUUACACGAUUUUUGAUAGUCUUAAUGAUCAAGAUUGUAAUGAUACUAAUUGGUUUUUAUCUCAUUUGUCAACUUUUCGUAUUCAAUCGAUGCCGUAAAUAUUUCGACCAUAUACGGAAUGCCGAUAUGAUACGAGCCUCUCAAGAAGAAGCAACCGAAUUGAAAGUGAUUCAGGAUAAAUCGUGA